AAGUUCAUUGUUUACAAAAUGAAAAUACAAAAAUCGUACCUACCUAUUAUUUUAGAUACGAUGUUACUAAGCCGCUGUAAUUUAAACUAGUCUUUCAUUAAAUUUGUAAUCGUUCUUUACAAUUCUAUUUAAAAGUAAUAUGUUCAUCGGGUUUAUUGUAAGACGAUCGUAGAUUCAUUUGAAGCACAAGUUUUGAUGAUUUGCCCUGAAUUAAAUUUAUCAAUAAGAAUAUUUGACGUUCCCUUGACCUUGGUUUUAUCAUUAUCAUAAUAUCGUCACAGUAUUAAGAACUCAAUUCUCAACAAGGAGUCGUUGAUAGUGUGUAUGUUCCGUUUAUUAAAAUCAUUGUGAAUUCGAUAUAAUGGCAGUGAGUGCUUUGAGAAAAUCGUCUACCGAAUAUCUACAAAAAUGCUCAAAAUAUCUAUUUGCGGCAAGUAGAUCCUUCAACAGUCACCUCAACAAUGAGCAGCAGGAGAUCAGGGAAUCAGUCAGACUCUUUGUUGAUGAGCAUCUUAAGCCCAAUGCCUCCAAAUUGGACUUGCAAGGCAGAUUCCCCUUUGAUCAGAUAAAGAAGCUCACAGACCUUGGAUAUAUGGGUGCCUGUGUGGAUCCAGAAUACGGCGGCCUGGAUUUGGACUAUCUAUCACUAGCAGUGGCCGUAGAGGAGCUGUCUCGAGGGUGCGCCAGUACGGGCAUGGUGCUGUCCAUUCAUAACUUCCUGUACGCGAAUCUGGUCAACGAGAGGGGCACCCCAGAACAGAAGGAGUUGUUCCUGAGGGAUUUCACGAAGGGUCACGUAGGCUGCUUUGCUUUGAGUGAACCAGAGGCUGGUAGUGACGUAGCCAAUAUCAAAACAACAGCAACACGUGACGGCGAUUACUGGAUAUUGAAUGGCAAGAAGAGUUGGGUGACGUCAGCGGUGGAAGGCUCGGCAAGUGUGGUAUUUGCUACUUUCGAUCCGCAGCUCAAGCAUAAAGGACUCGUAUGUUUCCUGGUACCAUUCGAUUUGGACGGAGUGUUCCGAGGGAAGAAGGAGCCCAUUAUGGGAGUGAGGGCGGCGACAGCGUGCGACCUGACGCUGCAGGAGGUGCGAGUGCCGCACGGAUACCUGGUGGGAGAUGUUGGGGAAGGCUUCAAGAUCGCCAUGCACCAGCUAGACCAGGCGAGAAUCGGAAUAGCGGCGCACGCUGUAGGUAUAGCCCAGAGCGCUUUAGACACAGCUAUCAAUUACGCCAAGGAACGAGUGGCGUUCGGCAAGAGUCUCACACGACUUCCCUCCGUUACUGACCGUCUCUCAGACAUGUGCAUUAUGAUCGAGUCGGCACGCCUGCUGACGUACCGCGCCGCCACACACGUGUGCACCAAGAACAGUGCCAUGGCCAAGUACGUGGCAGGACGGAACGCGACCGCGGUGGCCGACCACUGCGUGCAGAUCCUGGGCGGCCGCGGACUGUCCACCGACUACGACGCCGAGAGACACUUCAGGGACGCGCGAGGAACACAGAUUUACGGCGGAGUGACCGACGUACAGAAGCGUUUAGUUGGACACUUUUUGUUGAAGGAGCACGACGCGUUAUAAGAGCAUCGCAGACAACACUUACCGACCCUAUUCCCAGACAACAAGGAAAUACAGAGAAUUUAAUUCUAGAUUAAACAUUAAGGCUGGAUUGAAUCAACUAACUUUAGCAAUAACAAACAUGUUAAAGUACCGGCUAAGCAUAAAAUGCGCCAUUCGACAAUUUUUAGAUGACGCCAUAACUUUAACUGUUAACGGAAACCAUCCAAUCAUCGCUGGUUAAAGCUAUUGUUAGUGUUAAAUUGCUUAAUAAUUUUUCAAGUUUCCAAUAAAUAUCGACUUGAUAGGUCACUCUUUAACUUUAACUAUGCGAAGGAAUACGAUGGUGCAACACAUUCCGCGGACUAUGUUAAAGUCAGCGUUACUGUUAACGUUAAAUUUGACUUAAACCUUAACUAUAACAGCUAAUAUGAUACAACCCAGCCUAAGUUUGAAAUCACUUCAGAAAGCUUUCGCUCUACGUCCGAUUCGAACCCGAGAAAAUACGGUCCGGUGUAGUCGUAUAUAACGGUUGACAGAAAGAAAUCGGAUGACGAAAGCCGUAUCUAGUUCGUGAACUACCAUAGAAAAAGUUCUAUGAUUUGACGGAUGCGGAUCGGAUUCGGAUCGGACGUAGUACGAAACCGCUCUGACUAAAAUAUGGGACCUUCGAAACCACCAACAGGGGAUUACUCUUAGCAUAUUCUCUAUAAUGCUUAUUGUUUUACGUUGACAAGUACUUUUUACGAAUAUCGCCGAAUUUUCACAUGCUUUCUUCAUAAUGAAACUUAAGAAUACCAUCCGAGGGGAUAUUGAUCCUAUCCUAUCGGAGGGGUUUGUUUUACAUUUUUUCCAUAAAAUAUUCUAAUUGCUACUUUCACAGGAAUUUGUUGCUACACGUAAUUUUACUGUAAAUUUGAAACUUUUAGUCUCUAUAGUAUUUAUUCCACCAUUAUAUUAUAUAUUUCACCUUUAGAUCUGACGGUGACGGACGCAUUAUGACUGGAUCAGGGCCGUAGCGCACCACGCUUUGCUUUAAAUUUGAAUUUUAAAUGAGUUGCGACUGUCACUUGUCAAAUAUAGUGUCAAAGUAACCUGUAUCUACUUAUGUACAGAUCAAAAAUCUUUUAAUCGUUGCAUUGACGUACAAUAAACAGCCGGACUCACAAUCAUGGAAUGUUGUAUUUCAGUAAUUAACUUGACGCUUUUAAUGAUUUUGCAAAAUAAUAACAUUUCGGUUUCUAUAACAAAAUGUUGUUGCCUCGUGUCCGCGUCCGAGCUUCUAAUGAGCGUAUACAAUAGAGUUUGAACGUUAUUGCCACUAUAUAUAUGGUGUUAAUUUGAAUGAAUGUUAUCUGCCACCCUGACAUUUUUUGACGACUUUUUAAUAAGCGAUUUGGAGUGUAGUUAUUCAUUGUACGUCAGUGGGUCGUUGGCUCUGUUCAUUAUUUUACAAAAACAGGGUAUUUAUAAAAUAUGCACGUUUGUUGAUUGCUUAUAUUAUAUUGAGAUAAUAUGCACAACGUACUAAGGAAGCUUUUCCAAUAAAUUUUAGAGCGCUUAAUGAUGUCAUUUGGACAUGAUGUCGAUGACAUGUCUUCACCAGUUAUGCGUGCUUUAAACAUGUUGAAUGUCACUCCUUGACUUUUACGUGUGUCUUGAGAGUUAUUAAAACAAUAUCUCAAUACACACGAAUGUAUAUUUUACCAAAGCCAGCACUCAAAUGCGUGUUAUUGCUACAAACGUUCACCAUAGACUAAGACUGAGAUCUAUAGAUCGUACUUAGACUUUGCAGACUGUACUUAGGUACGUAAAACUUAGCUAAGUGUGAUGAAACGUGAAUUUGAUUAUUGCAUUGGGCUGUCUUAGUUUAAGCUCAGUAUAAUUUGAAUAUCAAAUAAUUCGAAAUCAAAGAUUAUCCUAAGCUUACACCCAGCUAAGUUUUACGUUAGUAAAGUCUGAGCAAAGUCUUAGUAGGCUCUAUAGAUCUCAACCAAAGUGAGUUGAGUACAGCUGGCUACAACUAAUAUUACAAACAAUGAACGUGAGACGUAUUCUUAGUACGUAGAUAGUGCAUAUUAAUACUUCUGUUACAAUAUUUAUUAUUUUUGUUUUUAUAUUCACAGGGUAAUGUUUUAUUAACCAUACAUUUAUUGAAUGUCUGUUAUAUUCUUACUUAUGUUAUGAAAAACACAAGUUCUUCCAUAAUAUAUUGUAAAAAAGUUUAUUUUUAUGAAUAUAUUCUAUUUUUGUAAUGAAAUAAAUUAGCUAUUAGGUAUGUGAGUGAGUAAUAAAGACGGUUUUGAAAACAGUUUCACUAUUCGGCUGUAUAACAGUCAAGUCUUGUUCGAUUAAAAAAGAACUGUCACUCAAAUAUAACUUUUUAAUCUGUAUUGUUUUCUUAUAUCUAACAAAGAUUGACAGCUAUAACAUAUGCUGCUAUCGUGUCGAAAUCUAUGCUUACUCUUUAUUUUUGCUACUCAAUAAAACAAUCCAGUAGUGUAUUUUUCAGAAAUAACUACCUUAUUGCGAAAUUAACUACUAUUUUCUAGAUAAAACAAAAAAACACGUGUGUUUACUGUUAAAUGAGGUUGCCAAAAUGUUUGGCUUUUGUAGAAUACUUUUUUUAGUAGACAGUUUUGUAUACAUCACAACUAUCAUAAUCAUUAAAAUAUUAUUAUAUUAUAUCACUAAAAUAUUUUGCGUUUACUCUAUUGUAAGUUCAAUUGAGCUCUUACCAUUCCAUAAUUUUGGUGCUCGUUAUUAAUAAACUAAGUUAAAUAAAUAUUAUUCAAACUA